AUGGCACCUGCAAAUCUUUCUCACAGGCAAACGCAUAAUUUACUCUUGAUCUCAAAGCUUCUAAGUCUGAGAGAUACAGCGUCUCCGCUGACCCUGCUGUUGGAUUCACUCGAACAACCAGCUACCCCAUUGGUUAAAGAGUAUAUUAGGCGCGCAAAGAUCUCCAAAGUUCACGUCACACUUAUUGCUUUUGAGACAUUAAAGCCAUUAGAUGGCGUUGAUGCGUUCGUUUCCGCCCGAAGGAAAAGCCCCUCACAGAUAGUUAAAGAAGUUGGCGCGGCUUACCAGGCUAUUGCAGCCAAAAACCCUUCUCCUCGACGUCUCAUUCUUAUAGAUUCCAUUAACCCGCUUCUACUCUCAAAAACGAACGAUGCACACUCCCAACUAUCGACGUUCCUUAGUUCAUUCCUAAUUAACUCGAGUCCUUCAGUACCUAAGGUCGAUGUUUCGCUCGUCGUGACUUUCCAUCAGGAUGUUCCAGUCUUACCGGCCCAAUCCCCCUAUUCGCCAUCACCUCUUUCAAUGCUGACCUACCUCGCAACGACAAUCAUAAGGCUACAUUCGUUCUCACACAUACUGGCCCAGAAGGCUGCUCGAGAUCGUAGUCUAGCUGCUCCAGUUUUUGGACUCGAAGAGGAACAGGAUGGAGUACUCCUAGGAAGAUUGGAUAAGCCGAUUGGUAAGGAUUCGGCCGAGGGCAUCGUUCUGGAGAUGGAACACAGGCGCAGGAGUGGACGUGGUGUUUUAGAGUGGUAUAUAUUACCUCCGGCAUCACGGUACUCGCCUCAACAUUUGAAAGAGGUUGUAACGCUGCUUGACGACCAUCCCUUGUAUCGUCCACCGGAGGAGCCAGUGGCAGGAGCAGGCGAAGAUGAGCCCGAGUCUACUUUCGAAUUGCGGCUCACCGACAGACAGCGGAGAGAAAGAGAGGGGGUGGUGCUGCCAUACUUCGAUGCACAGCAAGGUGACGGCCCAGGAGAAGGCGGGCGCAUUUUGUACGACAUGGGAGAGGAAGACGACUUUGACGAGGAAGAAGAUGAAAUAUAA